AUGACUACCUUAAUUGAGACCAAGCACUGUGGAAAGCUAACCUGCUUUGACAGGAUUGUAAUUCAGUUUCUGGCGGCACUGCCGUACGGGUUCUCAUACAUCGUAUUCCGUAGUGGAAUUGAGGGGCAAAAAGGCUUUGCUCAGUGGCCUACUGAGUUCAGCCGGGAACCGAGUACCUGCAUUCUUUACAAUCCACAGGCACAUGAUGCUAUCCAGUAUGCUAUAGAUGCUGGGUGCGCGGGGGUUAAGGUGGGUUUCAAGGCACAAGGGGGUGAGCUUCUUGUGGACAGUCUGGUGUCCAAUCGAGAGGUUUCCGGUACACUUGAUAAACUAUAUAUCGACCCUCUUAUGAAGAAGUUAGAUGCCAGAAACUCUGCCGAAGUUUCUCCAGCCGCUACCGACGAGUCUGGGCCAAUCGGCUUGUUUGAUAAAGACCCAGCACAGCCAUUUACGUUAUUUCUGGAGCUUCACACUGUGGUCCAGGCGGCGUGGCCGCAUCUCGUUUCUCAACUCAUGCCGUUGAAGCGGAAAGGCUACCUUUCCUAUCGGAACGGAACACAGGUGGUCCUCCGCCCUGUUACCGUCGUCCUCACCGGUUUGGAGGGCCUGGACUUCGGCGAUGUGGUUGGACCUGAGCAUGACAGCAUCGUGGAAAGUAUCAUGUUCGAUACCUCGCUGGAGCAAUUACUGAAGGAGGACUAUGGCUCUGCCUUGAGAGUAUCCCAGGCCUCCCAUAGUGUCAGAGAGAGCAAUCCUGCGCCAACCGAGGCGGACACAGGAAGCAGUCUCAAACAGCACCACGAGUCCUCAUAUCAACUCCUCACUGCGACCGCGAGCUUUACCCGAUCAAUCGGCUUCCCUCACCGUGGCGGUCGGUUCUCCCCGCAACAGAUCGAGCGCGUUCGCGCCCAAGUGCGAGCCGCUCACCGGCGCGGUCUUCGCGCGCGAUAUGAGGGGGCCUCAGACUAUCCACCACAAGUCCAACGGAUGAUCUGGCGAAUUUUGGUGCGCGAGGGUGCGGAUAUGAUCGAGAUUGACGGGAGAAGAUGUGACAUUCCUUGGUGGGGGCGAUACUUUGUCGGCGGAGGCAUGGAAUGCAGCGGUCGGAAGGGAGAUACCGGGAAAGUAUAA